AUGCCCCUCCCAGGCAAUCUAUACUCCGCAGAAGACUCUGAUGGCGAGUCUUUCAGCGAAGAACUUAGCCCUAGCGAUGGAUACUUCAAUCGCGGGGAAGUGCGACGAGAUCUCAUGGUGCCCGAUCCAUCACUGGACGACAAGAAGGUAGAGGACAAGACCUUAAUUCCCACACCACAUCCCCAGGCAACCACCGGAAGGACAUCAAGGUCGUCACUCAGUUCAGUGCUCCCACACUCCAGCUCAUCGCGUCCUUACGCGUCACCUCCCUCAAGUGAGAGCAGUUCGUCCUCCUUGCCCAACAUAUAUAAUCCAAUGCCUCGCAUGUCAUCGCGGCGGCCAGCUUCCUUCUCCGAGCACAAUCCCCUAAUGAACAUUCCCCCUCCGGCAUACUCUGAAUCCCCUGAAUCAUCGUUACCCAAUUCCUCUCAAGACCAGUCUCCUCUGUCGCCACGACAUUCUCGGAACGAGUCAGCUUACAGCACGUUCCAGGAGCAGAAUCUCGAGCGAGGCUUUCUUCCACUUCACGAGCCACAGAGUAUGGGUGGACCUAUUGAAGUGAACGAGAGAACACCUUUAUCAGGAGAUAAGCCAGGGCCUUCUCGUAGGCGAUUGAUUAUCAAAAAAUUGCUCUUCAUUGCUCUUGUAUUUGCGGUGAUACUUGCUUUAGCUUGCGCCGUGUUUACAUCGAAGAAAUCUGGUCGGAAUCCAAAUCAGAGACCUGGGGAAGACAUGCCGCCGUCGAGAGAUAGACCUGUUGACUCCGGCUAUUCAUAUUGUCCAUCGGCUACUCAUAAAAGAGACCAAGUUAUCUACGAGUUCCCGGUUGGCGCAGACUUGACUGUGCUUCAAACUACUCAUGAUAAUGAUGGACCUUGGGGUAGCAACAGCGUGAAAACCACAGGCGAGGUUCGACUCCGAAGGAUACCAAAGGACUCAGAACAUGGCAAUCGAGCAUUCUUUACAGUAGACAUUCACGUUAGUGAUCCGCAAUUAGAAAUUUCGAGGACUUGGGAUGAGGAUUCUCGAAGGUUGCAAAUCAGCACGCCAAAAUAUGCUAAACUCAAGUCUCCAGGACGUCAUUGCAUUUCCCUGGAAAUCACUGCCUGGUUCCCAGAGGAUGCGGAGCUAUCUAAUCUGGUGAUUGAGGCUAUUACUCUUACGCUUAGAGUGUUUGAAGACCUCAAGAUCAAGGUUGACGGCCGUUCAAUAUUUACGAGUUUGUCAGGAGAUGUUUACUUCCCUAUCAUUAAUGGAAGCGAGGCAAUUAUGGACCAAGAUGUCAAAGAACCUGAAGGGCAGUCAAUGGUUGACAGAACCAAUUUCGAAAGUCAAGGUAAACUAUCGGACGAGUGGUGGUCUGAGACAGGUCCUUCCCACCCAUUUUCAUCUCGGCGCAUCGUCGUGGAAACCGUUUCUGGAUCAAUCAAUGGAUUUUAUCCAUUAUUGGACGACCUCAUUAUUUCAACUCAAUCCGGUGACGUUUCGGUCGGAGUACUCCCUCAAGAAGCUCUUAAAGAAGCUCCGGCACCUGCCGACAUCGAGGUCCAGACAGCAUCUGGCUCGAUCAAAGUCGACUUCCCCAUCAAGGGUACGGGAACCCAAACGUUCAGCCCACCAGCUCGAAAUUACAUUACCAACGUUCAUUCCAGCUCUGGUAGCAUUGAUGGGACUUUCUACCUAGGCUCUUUGGGUAGCUUCAAGAGCACUUCCGGCAGUAUUCAGUUGACAGUUUUGCCAGUCACUCAAGCUAGCACCAGUGAUCAUUCGGAUGAUGCUCCUCUCAGCAGAUUCGAAACCCACACUGUAAGCGGUAGCCAUGAUAUCCAAGUCCUGGACCCCAUCUUCAUCUCCCGACUCUCCUCUGCCGACGGCCAAACAGACCAUCAACCACAGCAUGACCCAUACAGCCCUAUCGGGGACGACGAGCCUUACAUCGUCCUGCCGCCAAAUGCAGAUCGAUCCCUCGUCACCCUCAACCCCUUGGGAACCUCCAAGCAGAAAUUACGGAACGUGCAAUCGAAGCAUACUUCCAACUCCGCGAGUGUGCAAGUUUCGUACCCCAGUGUUUGGCAGGGAACAAUCCAUGCGAAGACCGUGUCAGGUGAUAUUGAGGUGUCGGGCAAGGGCAUCAGGACAAUCAGGGAGCGGAAAGGAUGGGCGUACAAGGAAGUACUUGCCAGGAAAGGCGUGGAAGAGAAAGACGAAGGCUCGUAUGUAGAGAUGAGCGAUAUCGCGGGCUCGUUGCGAUUUAAGAUCAGGUAA